AUGGACAAGUUAAAAGAGGCCGAAAACAUUGCGGCGCAACGGCUGCGCAAAACGUUCAAAUACCCAUCUGAAUCCGACGACGAGAACGCCGUGGAAAACGGCAUGGAUGAACAAGAUCGCAACACCCUCAUCCAAACCCUCUCGACACAAGACACCUCCGCAACCCACACCUACACGCUACUCCUGCUCCUCCUCCCCCUCGCCCCCAUCCCCUUCUACCUCCCCCGCCUCCUGACGCCUCACACCCUCCUCCCAUCCCUCGUGCACAUCGCCAGCCUCCUCGCCUCCGCAUACACGCUGUACUACCUCCCGCUCGCACCCACAGCCAUGCAGCCCAUUGACGGCGCCCCCGUCCCCGCCGCCCCGACAUCGCGCAUCCCACCCUGGGAGCGCACCGGCGAAACGCCUGGCCGUCGCCCGGUGCCGUGGCUGAGCGCGUCGACGGCGGAUUUCCUCGCGCAGUGGCUGGUGGUCGGGAAUCGGGCGCUGUGUGGCGUGUUGGCCCUGUAUGACGUUUUUCUGGGCACCGCGUGGGCGGACAGGCUGGCUGUUGGGGGUGGGUUUUUGCCCGGGCUGGUUUGUAUGCUGAUUUUGUGGGCGAGGACCGAGUUGAGGAUUAUUGAUGUGGAGCAGCUGAGGGCUUGGGAGAGGGGGUUGAAUGAGGGCGAAGGGAAGGGGAGAGCGGAGGGGAGGAGACGGUAG